UUUGAUUUUCUUUGUAUUGCAUUCAGAGAAUGAUCUUUAUUGUUCAUGUACAUCUAUUAAAUGGAUUGUGUUCUUCUCUCACAAUAUUUCGUCUAAUUUUUCCGUCUGUUUUGUUUGGCAUGAACCUUGAUCACUUGGUUAACUUUGCAAGUUGAUGCCAUUCAUGAUGAUGAACACAAUUGGAUAAAUUUCUAUAAUGGCAGAGCAUGCAUUUGGUAUUGCAUUGAUACUGAAACUUUGUACAAGGAAACGUAUUCGUUUAAAUCAAGCCAGCAUAUUUCUUGAAUGACAUUGGAAGUCUUGUGGAAUAAUGAAAAAGGAGAGAUUUAAGAUGGAGCUGUGCAAAAUAAUGAAAAUUGGGAAAUCAAUCAGUAUUCAGUACUGAAAUGUUCAGGAUAUAGUAAAUUUAAUGGAUAAAAAAAAGUGUUGGUUUGACAACUUCUUAUUAGAGCAGGCCAGGGGCCAAUGGUGCAGCAUGAUCCAGUGAAACGUUUCCAGGAUGCCGAAACACAGAGCUCCAGCUCCCCCUGGUGACCAGAUUCCUGACACCCAAGCCCCACCCCCUCCCCUGCCACUCAACUCUAGACACAGCUCAUCGUCACAAAGCCUCCGUUCUAACACCAGCUCAACAUCAGAAAUGGGACAUAACUCUUUUGAUCGUCGACAGGAUCCCAAAAGACUCCCGUAUUUCUUUUCCAAUUUCACGAGUCAAGAGGAGGUGUGCCAGUUUUUGUGCCAUCACUCCAAAAAGAAGCCAGGAUUCUUUUUGCUAAGGCCGAGUUUUAGCAACAGGAGUUCUUUCUCGGUGUCUGUUGUAGUCCCUGAUAAAACAGUGCGUCACACAAACAUUAAGACGGACGUUUUCGAAGGCUCCAAGAGGUAUUUCCUGGUGCCCGAGGUCAAGUUCCCUUCAGUCCAGCACCUUGUAUCUUACUAUGGUGAAAACGAGGUGAAAAAUCUUCAGAAAGUGAACAAUGUGCGCUUUUUGUAUCCACUCAAGAGUCGAAGGGAGAGUCGGACUGAAAGUUUCGAAGAUUCAGGGAGUUCCACAAGUGGAAAUAGCCACUAUCAGUUGACCAGUGAUGUGGCCAUGUCAUUAGAAAAUCCUCCGGCUCUUCCCACGAGACCUAGGGAUCUACCCCGACUGUCUUCCCAGAACUCUCUUGGUUUAUCGCCAAGCCCAAGCACCGCCAGCAUCGGAAGUCCAGGGGAGGUGUUCCAAAAUGGCAGCUUCCAUGGCAGUUCGCUGUCCAUUGAAAGCGGGAGGAGUGGGGGCAGAGACAUCAGGGUAGGGGGUCAAAACGGUUCCGUUUCUUCAAUCGAUUUACGUCCGCCGGCCAUGUUGCCGAUUGUGCAUUUGACUAAAGAUGGCAAUCCUUACUACUCGAGCCCGAGGAAUGUUGACGAAGACAUCACAGACAGGUUGAAGGAGGUUCUGAGACAAAGUGAAGUGUGUGAUUGUGGCAUUCCUAGAGACAAGGCAGAUCUGCCGUUAGGAUGGACAGUGCAUAGGAGCAAAGACCCAUCAUCCUUCGGGAAAAUUUUCUUCCAGAGUAACAAGGGGGUGACAUCCUGGAGACUUCCACAAGAAGUGGAAAGUAAACUCAACUACGAUCAACACCAGAACCUUAAAGAGUUGAGGAAUGAGCGAAUAGUGCCAGUACCGAGUAAGAGGCGAGAUAUCAUCAGUGAAACGAAGUUUUAGAAGUGUCUUAAACAUUUGAAUGACAUGGAUCUUUAAAUUCUAAAGGUUGAUGGAAUAAUGUGCCCCAGCAUAUAUGUGAUAAAACACUAUGGACUCAAGCAACAUGUAUGUGUCAUGCAAAAGUGGCGGGAUUUUUAAAGAGUGAAAAUAAAGAAUGAAGAUUAUAUUGAAUGGAGAAAAUAUUUCAGUGUUGUGAUUAUGUGCAAAGACACCUUUCUUGGCACCUCAUAUACCAAGAAUAAAAACCAGAAAAUAGCAAAAAUCAUGUGUACACAUUAGUUUUGUGUUUUGAUUGAGGACAUAUUUAUUUAUUUGGUGAUGCGUUUUCCAGGAACGGAAACCAGAAUUAAAAAAAACCAAAACAAAACUUGUGUACACAACUGUGUUGUGAAUCCACAGAGGAACCUCGUGAAAUUGAACACAAAAAAUGGCAUUGGCCUAAAUGUCUUCUUCCUUGUUGGAACUAUAUGUAAACAUCAGAACACAUAGCAGUUUCAUCAUGGUUGGCAAUUAUUGAAAUUUAAAAAAAAAAAAAGGAAGUUGAGUUCAAGUGGCUGCCAACCUGUUCUGUCUGUGACACUAGUUUCACAGGAAGUUAUUCAACAAUUGAUUGUGUUGUUUCAUAUAAAGGCCUGUUAUGUACAUAUAAUAAGUUUAAGUAUCAAUGUGUACUAAGUCCCAUGAUAGUGUCAGUUUGCUCAGAAAAAAAUUGCAUGUAUAUUUUUUGUACCUCUCAAUAGAUAUACUAGUACUUGGUAUGCAGUUUUCAAAUGUACAUGCAUGUUUAAGUGUGUGUGGGUUUUUUUUUAUCAUUAUGAGGUAGCCAGUGAAUUAAUUUCUUUUAAACUUGAAGUUCUAUUUACUUUUACAUGUAGCAUCAUAUGUUUUUAUGGAUGUGACACAUAUACAUUUAUUAAACCAAUCUAGACCAAAAACAUAACCUGCAAAUCAAUAUUUUAUGAAUAAGGCAAUAAAUGUCUUGAUUAUUUGUUUCAAUAUUUGAAACAUUUUGUAUUUUGACUAAUAUCCUACACAUUAUUUGCAUACACCUGGAAAAAUAAUUUUUUGAUAAAUAGUCACAUAUGCAUACAUUUAAGUAUAACAUUUUGAGGAAAGCAUGCAGCAUUUGUUAUAAAAUUGCCUUCAACACUACAGCAGCAAAAAAUGAGUGAGGUUGGUGGGAUUGAAUGAUUGAGGUAGAUAAGAGGGUUUUAGAAGAAUAUAUGGUAUGCUCCCUUGAUCUAAUGACAACCUUUUCAUCUACCUAUAUUACAUGUAUAUUAUUUACACCACCAUGUGUAAACAAAUUCUCAGUUUUAUCUUUUGCUCUCAACUUUAAUUAGCUUUCUUUUUUAUAUCAACAUUUAUCUCAGAUAAAAAUUUGUUAUUUGCCUCUUAAGGUCAAGUUCAAAAGCUGGUGAAGUUCAAGGUCAUUCAAUAAGUUAGAGGUCAUAUUGGUUGUAAUGCUUUGACAGGUCAGUUCUCCUUUUGGUCCAGCUCAGAUGUAAAUUUUUUUCGAAGACAUACUGUACUAGCUGCAUGGAAUUUCUCAUUUCAAGGUCAAAUUAAGACUUUGAUUGUUUACAUUGCCUACAAAUAAUUUGCUACUUCAUUAUUUAUUCUCAAACCUAAGGUUGGUAAAAAAGUGUACAUAGUUGUUAUAAAUGAUUAUUUACUCAUCAAACUAACAUUUUUAUUUAUUUUUUACACUGAUAUAUAUAAUUUACAAAAAACACUCUUAAUUGUUCAAACAUAUUUAAUCUAGCUGUUAAAAACUAUUGUUUACAUUAAACAUUCCCAGUAAGCAAGGACGUAGGUUUUUAGAAAGUUAUAUUUCUAAAACAUUUAUUUGUUAAAGAAAAUAAAAGAAAUCUAAGUGUUAUGGUUGUGAAUAAUUUAUUUUUUUCUGUAUGUAUUGCAAUGCAACUACACUAUGAAUCAGUGUAAAUCAAGUUAAGGAUUGAAAAUACAUGUAAUCUGUUGUAUAUGACAUUGCUUUCUUUGAACUUUCAUACUAAACCACAAUAAUAAGGCACUGAUCAAGCAGAAGGGAAUAUAAUUUUGUCUGACGUAAGCUUGUUCAAUGCACACUUGAAUGGGUUUGUUUAAACAUUGGGGAAGUCAAUAAAUGCUUAAUGGAGAGAACGGGUUUUUUUGGUUUUUGAACAAACAUUUAGUACGCAUGUACAUGUACUCUGAAAAAAAUACCUACUCAGUCUAUAAAUAUAAAAAUCUAACUAAAGAGGAAUAAAUUUGAAAUACACAUACAACAAUUAAGGUACCUUUGUCUAUCUGUCAUAGAUCAAGAUAACUUGCACUGAUGAUUUGCUUUCAUAUCUUGACAGAAUUAUCAAGUUGUGUCAGAAUUUCACCUGUAAACCAAGGCAAUCUGAAAAUGUUUAGAUCUCGAUUGUAAUUAAAAUUCCUAUUAGAAAACUAAAAUUAAAAGAAUGUCAAUAACUCAUCCAUUUUGCCCCACUUAAUUUGACCCUUAAUUAGGACCUAAUGGCAUGGAAAAGUUUAGAACUAUGGUUUUCUCUUAAAGAAAAAUACUGAAAGUGUUUAUGAAUUGAAGUUUUAAACUGUCUUUUACACUCCUUUUUUUCAUUGCCUAAAGUGUGCAUAUCAACUUGUUUAAUUCUUAUUCAUUCCGUGUACAUGUACAGAAAAACUGCCAUUAUUGGCUGCAUCCCAAGUUUUUAAACUGGUUUGAAUUCGAAACGUGACCUAAAAAGCUCAUUUAAAUGAAUUUUAUUUAUGUGAAUGAUUUAUUUAUAGCUCGGUGAUUCAAUACGAUUCUAUUAAAUGUAUUUAUUUUGUAUGUACAUUGCAAUGUUAUAUUGUGGAUGUGCCCUGCUGAAAGUGCUGUAUAGGAAAUACAUGUAUUUGUUAUACAAGGAAAAAUGUCCCUAAUCCGACACUAGUUUCAUUUGUCAUACAUACUAAUCAAUCAUUCUCAUGCAAUAGUCUUGAGUUUCCUUCGAUUUUUUAGUUAUCAAUGGGAAUUGUUUGAAGAACAUAUUAAGUACCAAUUCAAAACAAUCAUUUUCUUGAUCAUUAUACAUUGGUAUUUACAAGGCAGACUCAUUUUUCAUGUGCAUUUUGAUUUGAUUUAGACUGAUAUUCUGACAACAGCUAUAAUUAUUAAUUAGUCUAAUCUUGAGUCUGGUUUUAAUGCUAUUUCUGUCUUCUUUCCUGUCAUUUACUAAGGUCUAUGCACUGUACCCACACUAUUUCAGAUCAUGCAUUUUCAAGAAAUCUUCUUUUUAACUCUGUUUAGUAAGUUGCAUUAUUUAUUACAUGUAGCACUUAGAACUUUAUCUGUUAUUGCUCCGAGUAACUCGUGUGUCUCAAGUAUUACCGUACUUUUUGUCUGCAAUGCACCUUUGCUCAAGUUCAAGUACUUGUAGUACUAUGCUUUGAUAAUCCAAUCAUUCCAAUGGUUAUAAAUAGCUAUAGUUUUCUACUAUUAUCAUCCAAUGCCAGCACAAUUGUUCAAUCUUGAAAUUCGAAAAAAAAGUGUUGAAUCGGUUCAUUUAUUCUGUUGCUAAAAUGCUGUAUUGUUUAUAUACUGUUUUAUUUUUCAUUAAAAAAGGAAGGAUUUUUGAGAAAUUUUUGCAUUUUUUUUUUUAUCAUAAUGUAUAUUUAAAUCGCUGUUUAGCUGAAAGACCUGGUAUUUUACCUUUCAUUCCAGUCUCAAGAGGACUCGUGUCCUUAUGAAGCUUAUAUCGUACAGAAUAAAGUAAUUGAUGACACGGUAGAAAUUUCCUCUUCAAAUUGUAUAGAUACAAAGUCUGUCUUGCUAUUGUAAAUUCCAGUAUCAUAGGAGACACACUUCUAUGAUUUUUUUUUUACCUUUUUGCAAGAAAGAAUCAUCAAGGUGACAAAGAUAAAUUUCCUAAGGUUCCACUAUUUUGCAUCGUUUUAAUGAGGCGUUAGGUUGCACGAUUUCUCACUUCGCUUUGAUUGCAGUUUUAGAUAACAUUCUUGGACUAUAGAAAAAGCAUCAUGCAAGACAUAAUGUUUUUGAAAGUAUUUUUUUAAAACCUAAACCUGC